CGCAUCCAUCCUCCCUUCUCAUCAUCAUCCAUCGCCCCCUCUCCAUCACCCACACCGUCGCUCUCUUCACUCUUCAAUCACGCCUUACCCCCCCAUAUCCUCCCCUACUCCCUUCCUAUCCACUUCGCGACGAACCCCCGACUUGGCCACCUGCCGCUCCACUCCCAUCCAAACCACUUCGUGUCGCUCACGGACACCCGCGUAUCAUUUCUUAUCAACCGCGCCUUCCUCCAUCCCAUCUGGCGCCCAUCACCCCCUCCCAUCUACCUCUCCCACACCCCACCCGUCCCGCUCUCGCCUGGUCGCGACGAGCACCCCUAUUGCUCCGCGCUGGCCGCGGAUCCCCCCAUCUUGACCUACUCCCUCACGCACACCCCCAUCCCAUUCCCGCGGCCAUGCCAAUCCCUCCUCCAGGAGGAUGGGUCGCGCCCGCAGACGACUGGUCUGAUGAUCCAUCCUUUGACUUUGGCGAGGGUGGGAUGCUGUCCACAUCGAGCCCAGCUUCGAGCAGCAGCCGUUCUUCGCGUCCCGCACGCGAACGGAGGCUAAGUGGCUCGCCCUUGCGUCAAAUGCACCUGAAGGACAUAGUUGAGGAUGACUUUGUGAUCGACGACGACGCGUUCGACGACGCACCACCCCCUACCCUCAAGAGCCGCAUUCCUCUUCCCAUCCAGUCUACACCACCUUCGACAUCUACACUUCUUCGCAAGAGCAGUUCACCCUCAUCGACAUUGCGUGCUCGCAAGGACUCUUCAUCACCUCGCUCAAACAUGAAGACCCUCACGCUUAACGCCACUGUGAUGGGCUCCGGCCCAAAGGGUGUCGGUACCAUCACUCGCUUGGGCUCGAACGGCAAAGCAGUGGCGGGCGGCAACGUAAAGGCCAAGGCCCGUGCAAUUGAGAAGGCCUGGGAGGGCGACCUUGAUUUUGACUCGUCCUUCGAUAGUUUCACUAGCAGUACUGGCUCAGGAGGAGGAGGAGGAGGAGGAGGAGGAGGUCUUCAGCUCAAGCUCAAGCCAAAGAGCUUGUCCGCGCAGCUGGCGGACAUGAAUGCACUCGACGACCUGCCCGACCUCGACGACGGCGAUCAGGACACAUUGAAGGCGAGCGCAACACUCAAGGCAAAGCUGCCACCUCCACGAAGGAAAGACGAUAAUGCCACGAUCAAACUCUACGCAAAGCCGCCACAGGUCAAAGCGCCUAAACAAGAGGACGAUGAGUUCUUGGAGGAUGACCUCGUUCUCCCACUCAAUCUCACGAACCUCACGCUCGCAACACAGAGUCAACCGGUGCGCAAGUUGCGCCCACGCACGUCGAUGGCAUCGACGGCCACCACCGCGACUGACUGGGACGCACCGACCACCCCAUCCACAACCGGGCGCAAGAGCAUCGCAGGUGCCUUCUCCUGGGGCGACGAGAGCCCCAACCGGGGCCGCCACUCUGAAACCUCUGCUACAAGUGUGUCCGACGACCCCGAGCGCGACUUCUCCGGAGACAAAGACAACAUGGACGAGGAAGACUACGAGGAUGGAAUCGUGCUUCCUGACCCCUCCUUCUUCACAUCUCGUAACGCCAACACUCUCAAUCAGAUCCUGGACCGCAAGCGCAAGCAGCAGUAUGCUCCCCCGCCACCACCACCUCUUCCCCAACGGGGCGAUGACUCGUUCGAGGAUGGGAUCGUGUUCGAUAAUCCGCGAGCAGAACUCACACACCGCCGGCUCGAGAAAAACCGGCGCAACCGCACAAUACCCACGCCAUUCCUCCUCGGCGCCGAGCGUAAGAAGGCCGAGACGUCCAAGCUCGGGUACCCCUUCCCCUUCCCCCCACCCCCCACGCCGCCCAGUGCGCCCCCACCGCAACGGGCACGGAGCCCUGGAGGUAGUCUGCGCUCAAACUCGGGCAAGACGCGCCCGGAGAGCCCCUUCUUCCGGUCGGGAACACGCUCUCGCCGGACGUCGGAGAACUCGAUGCAGCCACCACCUGUGCCCGCAUUGCCAUCACGGCCGACAGCGUCUAACCCUGUCGCGCCUAGCACUUCGCACCGCCUGCGAUCUCAGAAGAGCCAUCACAACCUGGCGCCUUCACCCUCGCCGACGCUCGCGCGCAAGCAGUCGCUCGCCAGUAUGCAGGACGCGAUGGCCAGUGGGCACAGGCCAUCGGACCUUCCGCCGCCGCUCCCAAUUAUGCCUGGCGAGAAGCCUGGCAGCAGACUCACUAUGCCGACGUCGAGCAGCCUCGCCAAGAUGCGCCCGCCCGUCAACUCGACUUUCAACCGUAGCAAAACCCGGACAAUGGAGAUGCCCCGGCGUACCAAGCAGUGGGGUGACGGUACCGAGCUGGAUGGCCUCGAGGACCUGCGUGUUGAUGACGACCCAGCAAAGUCGCCGCGUAGCACCGGGUCCAAGUCGCCAUACUCCACCCUGCGGGGUCGUAAAUCUUUCGAUCGUGCCAUGGCCAAACAGCCGCCAACGCCUACAACGGCGACAUUCAAGGCCGACGAUAAGGAGAAGGACAAGAAGAAGCGGCGUCAGCGCAAGCCCGCGCUCAACCUCAUCCGCAAUCUUGGCGCGACGGAUAAGCCCAAGACUGUCGGCGAGAUGACUUGGAACCCCCGCACAAGCCGAUGGGAAGGCAACGAGGGCGUUCUCCGCGACUUUGACGCCGUGGCAUCCAGCGCGCGACCCGCCCUCAUCUCGCACUUCACUGGCAGCUCGGUCGCGUCGUCGCCGCAUACGAGUGCACCGCAGGCGCGCAUCUUCGGUGACAUGAAGUUCGAUCCGGAGCGCAUGUGCUGGGUGUCGCUUCUGCCACCGGACGAGGUCGAGCCUGACCCGUUCGCGGACAUGGCCGACGACGAGGAGAGCGUUUCGAGCGCAGGCGGCGGCAGCGGGGGCGGCACGAUCCGGCAGCUCCCACACAAGCUCGUCAGCAUAGGCUUCAACUCGCGCUUCGUCAGCGACACGAGUAUUGGGACAGGCCUGACAGCGUCGACCGCGGCCACGGGCCACACGGGUAUGAGCACGCUCACGAGUGCGAGCUGGGAAGAGCGUGCGCCGAUGCGGACCGAGAUGCCUGAACUGUGGGCCGAGUGCCGCGAGGCCGAGGAACGACACCGCCGCGAGAUGCGCGGCUGGGUUCUGCGACCUGUGCAGAGCCAGAGUGACAUGCGCGACAGAGAGCGCCGCGAGGAGAAGCGGUUGUGGGAGGUACGAAACCUCGCACUCCGUAGCUAGGUGCUCCGCUAUAGAACGAGACACCUUGACGAUUCAUGACAUCAGCCCUUGUACAUCUAGUGACGACUUAUGACAAUGCAUGUACUACAAGAGAGAGAUGUUUGGGCAAGAUGAUGAAUGUUGUGCUGGCUAUCGCAGGCCAGGGUGU